UUACCUGAGCCGUGUGAAAAAAACAGGUUGACGAACUCAGCCUUAACACGACACACACUCCGGAAGUUUUAUCUAGAAAAAUAACUUAACGACUUUACUUCAGCCGUCAAAAACAACUUAUGUAUGUAACUUAUGGAUUUUUAUUAGAUAAAGUGAGUUGGAGUCGACCCGUGAGAAGCAGACAACAGGUGGAUCUAAUUAAUUGUUCAUAUACCUGGUGCGAGAGUUUGAUAUGGAGGAUUCCAGUGACCUGUAUGAUGAGUAUGAGACAGAUAAUACCCCUCCGUGGGCAGACCACCAACAUCAGUGUCUGGAGGAUCAGGACAACGUGGAGUGUCUCAGAAGGAAGAUCAAAUAUUUCUUCAUGAAUCCCUGUGAGAAGUACCACGCUCGUGGCCGGAAACCAUGGAAACUCGUACUGCAGAUCAUCAAGAUUGUCCUUAUUACCGUCCAGUUGGUGUCUUUUGGGCUGAGCAACCAGAUGGUUGUCACAUUUAAAGAAGAAAAUCUGAUGACAUUCAAGCACCUCUUCUUGAAAGAUUAUGUUGAUGGAAGCAGUGAUACAUACGCUGUUUACAGACAGGACGAUGUUUAUGAAUACAUCGAUUACAUCAUUGAUAAGUACGGUCAUCUGCACAACAUCACAGUGGGCAAUCACGAGUAUGAGAAAAAGGGCUCUAUCUACACCCCCAUGACAGUGUGUCAGGAGUUUUACCUGAACGGUUCCAUCCUUCCCAGCAAUGACACCUUUGAAAUAGAUGUCAAAGUGGUGACUGAGUGCCUUGAAGUGUCUCCGAUGUAUCACACCUCAUUACAGGAGGGGUAUCCACAUUUUGAAUUGCAUUUCAAAAGGAUGCUCACUGUAAAAAUCACAUUUGUUCUCAAGGCCAUAAAUCUACAGACAGUGAGACACCGAGAGCUUCCAGACUGCUACGACUUCACCGUUAUUAUCACUUUUGACAACCAAGUUCACAGCGGCAGGAUAAAGGUCGACCUGGAAAAUGAUGUAGACAUCAAUGAAUGCAGAGACUGGAAAGUAACUGGAGCAUCUGCCAGGAACAUAAACCUGACCGUGCUGUUUGACUGCCUCAUCAUUGUAACCUGUAUCACCUCCUUCGCCCUCUGCACACGCUCAGUGAUCAAUGGGAUUCAGCUGCAGCUUGAGUACACGUUGUACUGCAGGAAGAAUAUCGGUAAAGAAGUCCCUUUGUCAGAUAAGCUGGAGUUUUUAAAUGGUUGGUACAUCCUGAUCAUCGUGAGCGACAUGUUGUCCAUCAUCGGUUCCAUUCUCAAGAUAGAGAUCCAGACUAAGGUCCUCACAAGUUAUGAUAUCUGCAGUAUCCUCCUCGGGACGGGCACCAUGUUAGUCUGGAUCGGGGUCAUCCGCUACAUGGGCUACUUCAGGAAAUAUAAUAUUCUCAUCCUGACACUCAGAGCAGCUUUUCCAAAUGUAAUCCGGUUCAUCUGCUGCGCUGGAAUCAUCUACCUCAGUUACUGUUUCUGUGGCUGGAUCGUCCUCGGCCCGUAUCACGAGAAGUUCCGGACCUUGAACACGGUGUCAGAGUGUCUGUUCUCCCUGAUCAACGGAGACGACAUGUAUCCCACCUUUAAGAACAUGAAGCAGAAGAGCAGCCUGGUGUGGGUUUUCAGCAGGGUCUAUCUCUACAGCUUUGUCUCGCUCUUCAUCUACAUGAUCCUCAGCCUCUUCAUCACAAUCAUCACCGACACCUACGACACCAUCAAGCAGCAGCAACAGAGUGGAACCCCGACGUCAGAGCUGCAGAAGUUCUUGUCGGUGUGUAAAGAUCUGCCAAACUCCGGGUUGUACCGACUCAAUGAGAACAGAGGCUGCUUCUUGGACUGCUGCAUCAACAGGUUCAGGCGUCUUGAAGAGAGUCUGACUUCAGAGGCGUAGCAGGCAGUGCCGAGAUGUUGAAAGAAGAUACUGUAUAAACUAUAGUCCAACACUGAUGAGCACUUUAUACUUUUAAUAUUAAAUGGGAGUUGUUAAAAUUAUUUUAACAUGUGGCCUGAACUUAACUUGAUUGAUUUUAGUUUUUCAUUGCUGGAGAAAAAAAAACCCUUGGUUUAGUGUGGUCUCAAUAUGAUGCACCGGAGAGCACUUUUGUAAAUACACACAAACUGUAUAUACACACAAGUAAAUAUUAAGAGGAUAAACAUCCGUCAUUGAACAUUUAAACUAUGUCUUUUUCCAAUGCGUGUCUGUUUGUGAGACACCCUUGUUGUACAUUGUAGGAAAUGAAUUAAAACAUGAAUGUAUUGUAAAUUCA